ACAUGCGAGCCCCGCCGAGAGUAAUGUUAAGAGAGCCGAAGACUGAAGACACUGCGUAUCGCCUGUGUUCCCUCAUACACAGCCAUUGCAGAGCAUUGAGAUCCAGCGAUAGUCACUAGGUACUGCCAUCAAGAUGGGGAAAGAUCCAACUAAACCCAGGGGGAAGAUGUCCUCCUAUGCGUAUUUUGUCCAGACCUGCAGGGAGGAGCACAAGAAGAAGCACCCUGAUGCUUCGGUGAACUUUGCCGAGUUCUCCAAGAAGUGCUCUGAGCGAUGGAAGACCAUGUCUGCCAAGGAAAAGGGAAAAUUUGAGGAUCUGGCCAGGCAGGACAAGGCACGCUAUGAGAGAGAGAUGAUGAGCUACGUUCCAGCAAGAGGAGGCAAGAAGAAGAAGUACAAGGACCCCAAUGCCCCCAAGAGACCCCCAUCUGCUUUUUUCAUCUUUUGCUCCGAGUUCCGCCCUAAGGUGAAAGGUGAGUGCCCAGGUCUGUCAAUCGGAGAUGUUGCCAAGAAGCUGGGUGAGAUGUGGAACAGCACCUCUGCAGAGGACAAGCAGCCCUAUGAGAAGAAGGCGGCUAAGCUGAAGGAGAAGUAUGAGAAGGACAUCGCAGCUUACCGCGCUAAGGGUAAAACUGGUGGCGGAGCCCCAGCAAAAGCUCCUGCCAAGGCGGAGAAGAAGGACGAUGACGACGACGAUGAGGACGAAGACGACGAUGAGGAAGAGGAUGAUGAUGAGGAGGAUGAUGAUGAGUAAACAGCGAGUGACUUAGGGGUCAUUUUCUUGUUUAUAAAGCAUUUAACCCCCUUGUACACACUUCACUUAUUGAAAGAAAAUACAUUAGAAUCAAAGGGGUAAAAAAAAAAAAGAAUAAAAAAAAUAAAUGCCAACAAAAAGGCUGUGUAUAUCAGUUGUUUUUAUGCUGUACAGUUUUUUUUUCUUUUUUCUUUUCUCCUUUUUGUAUAGUUAACACUACACAAGUAUGGUGUCUGUAUCCUCUUGCCAGUCUUAUUUCUUCCCAGUGGUAGUUCCUAGACCACUAUCUUGCCUGGUACAGUGUAAAGGGGUGGGCUUAUAGUAUUUUCCUUAGCUAGCUGUGCACAGCACAUAAAAGCAAUGAGUUAGAUCUGAGUGUUUCUGCUUUUUUUUCUUUACGUGUGUUUUUAUUUUAAAAUGACGUUAUCAAAAAUUGACGUAUCACAGUUGUUAUACUGAUCUUUAUGUACCACUGUAAUCGCAAAAAUUAGAAAAAAAACAACAAAAAAAACAACCCGCAUCGUUUAUUGUUGAAAUUUAAAUUGCUUCUGAUGUCAAUAAACAUUUUUUUUU